GAACAGAACAUUCAUAGAAUAUUUGGUGGGUUACUGAAUGGAGACUCAGAUUUGAAAUAAAUCCACUACUAGAUAAAACAGAAACUGAAACCUUCUGGAAUACCACCAAGAAGAAAAUAAAGAAAUAAAGAGGCAGAAUGGAUGGACAACCACAACCAGGCCUACAACACAAAACGAGGAAAUGAAGUGGACUCAGAGGAAGAAGAAUCUGUCAUUUAUGGUAAAGUCUAAACGUGUAAAAUGGAGGAAACAUCAAAGGCUAUUCUGGAGCCCCUAGAGGAGAAAUAUACACGUGAAGAAGGACCCUCAGAAGACAGAGGUAAAUUCAAGGAAAGGUGCAAUGUAGUACUACACAGAAGCCGGGUAUUCACGAACACUAUAGAGAAAAGGGGCGUAGCCAUUAAGGAAGAGAACUGUGAACUGGAGUGCAUCCAUUUCAUGAAAGAGGCUGAGCGGAAAUCUGACCGGACUGACAUACACAAGCAGGGAAUUACAAACCGAGUCAAGCAAGAAAACUUUAAAUCAGAAGGUGUUUCUUUAGAAGAAGAAGAAGAGGAAGAAAUAGUCACAGAGUCAGACUCCACUAUGAGCAGGCCCUUCUCCCUACAGGAUCCCUCUGUCCAGGUGAAGUCGGAAUCAUUGGAUUCAGACUUGAAGAGGACUGAGAAAGCAUCAUCUCCCACUAAAAAGGGUGUACAUAAGAAGAGCAGUGUUCCCUCAACUACGUUUGCACAGGCCACUCUUCAUCGCAAGCUACAACAAAAAUGCAGAAGUGGAAAUGCAAAGCUGUCAACAUCCGAACUACAGCUUCUGACACUAACCUGUUUGCAGAAUAAUACUCUGCCUGUUGUGAAACUAACAAGGUUUGAUGCCAUCAACAUUAAACAACUGGUAUGUAAUACAAAUGCAACAGCUUCCAAUCUUUGUGGCGAUCAGAGAAAAACUUUAAAUGGCAAAUCUAAACCUAAAGAUCACCGGCCAAUUCCACGAUAUGGCUGCUCUGAAUGUGACAAGCGAUACUCUUCUACCAGCAAUCUUCAGAAGCACAUAAGAAGUCAUACUGGGGAGCGGCCAUUCUGCUGCACCCUGUGCGAUAAACGAUUCACUUGUAAGAGCAGUCUUCAGGGUCACAUGAUAACUCACACUGGCGAGAGGCCAUACAGCUGUUCUGAGUGUGGCAAACGAUUCCCCGACAAGAGCCGCCUUCAGAAACACACAAGAAUUCACACUGGAGAGAAGCCGUAUUCCUGUUCUGAAUGUGGUAAACGAUUUACUGAGAAGAGCAGUCUUAAGAAACACUUGCGCACCCACACUGGGGAGAAACCAUAUUGCUGUCCUAUUUGUGGCAAACGAUUUACUGACAGUAGCUGUCUUCUAAAACACAAACGAAUUCACACGGGAGAGAAGCCAUAUUCCUGUGCUGAAUGUGGCACUCGAUUCACUGCGGGGAGCAGUCUGAAGAAACAUGCAAGAAUUCACACUGGAGAGAAGCCGUUUAGCUGCUCCGAAUGUGAAAGACGCUUCUUUGACAGCAGGAGUCUCGAGCAACACUCCAGAGUUCACACUGGAGACAAACCAUACUCCUGUUCCUUAUGCAGCAAGCGAUUUUGUGAUAGUGGCACUCUUAAGAAACACUACCAAAUUCAUGCUGGAGUAAAACUAUAUUGUUGCAAUGAGUGUGGAAAACGAUUCUCCCGCAGCAGUGGACUGCAGACACACACCAGAAUUCAUACCGGAGAGAAGCCAUAUUCCUGCUUUGAAUGCGGCAAAAAUUUUAUCGAUAAGAGCAGUCUUCAGACCCAUUUAAGAAUUCACACGGGAGAGAAGCCUUACCCUUGUCCUGAAUGUGAUAAGCGAUUCUCAGAUAGCAGCAGCCUUCAGAGACACAGGCGAAUUCAUACUGGAGUGAAACCUUACUGCUGUAACGAAUGUGGCAAAAGAUUCUUGCAGAAAGAUCAUCUUCUAAAGCACACGCUGACUCACACAGGGGUGAAGCCAUACUGCUGUUCUGACUGUGGCAAACGCUAUUUUCGUAAGAGCCAUCUUCAGAGGCACAUGAAGUACAGAAACCUGACACGGACGGAACAAAUUGCUCAGGAACAAACAAAAACCGCUUCAUGGUGGGUUGCUGGAUGGAGGCUCAGAUUUGAAAUAAAUCCACUGCCAGGUCAAACAGAAGCUGAAACCUUCUGGAGUACCACGUGAAAAGACCUCCAGGAACAAAAGAAAGAAAUAAAGAGGUAGGGUGAAUGGGCAACUACAGCCAGGCUUACACCAAAUGAAAUGAGGAAAUGGAGUGGACGGAGCUAAGAGCCAAAGAAAUAGACUCCUUUAUUUAGCAGAGGCUAACCCCAGAUCAUUCAUUCUACUUCUGGCUUAAACACAAGAAUGUGGUUGAGAUUAAAAAUAUUUUAGUGAGUAUAGACAACCCAAUGGCUGACCAGGGAUGACAAGCUUCUACUUACGAAAUCAUAACAAAAAAUACCAAACAUUUGACACCCAUACACUCAUCAAUGGAAAAUUAUCAUUCACCAAAAACACAUUUUUAAAAAAAAAAAAAAAAAGUUAAAGUAUACAGUGUAUCAAGACUGAAAUGGAGAGAGCCCACUGAAGCAAGAAGAUGCCCUUGCAGUUAUAAGCCCCCAACUGGUCACUAGAGGGGGCUAGUUCUCCUUCAGCUUAACUGUGCACUCUGAAUCCUGCAGUCUGAGUGUGAUGGCUCCAGCAGCAGACCUCCACAACCCCAUAAUUUGGGAGCUCCCCAGAACAGCCAAUUGGACUGCAAGUUUAAUUCACUUGAUUUACAGGCAUUAAAACUGGUAUUUUGCAUAACAUCGCUGAUGUCUAAUGUAGAGCCACAAACUCCUCAAUGGACCACAACUAAACUCUGUUGUUCCGUGUUUGCACCCAGCAGCUCCAAACAGGCUGCCACCUGAUUGUAUUUCUCGCUGGUGUUCUGUGCAGUCUGAAACCUGAACAAGGAAUCUGUUAAAUGCUUUGUGAUAUUUAAAGGUGCAGACAUUAUCAAAAUCAGAUGGCACACUGACAGAAAAUCGGUAAAGAAUACCUCUGCAGCGCUGAUAUUCUUUCAACAAGCUCCCUUGAAAGCUUGCAAGAAGAGCCAGAGUAUAAUUCAUUUUGACAGUCUCCAUCUUGGUCAUUUAAGUGAUUUGUAUACACAGGAGAUUACAUCAAGGAAGGUACUCCAGCAUAAUGAUGAAAACCCCAAGUCAGCCUCCAUUAUAAAGUUCACAUUUGAUGUAGCAGAUUCUACAAACUGAAAAAGACGACGGGUGUCAGUCCCAAGUAACUACUCCACCUUAUAAACUGGGGAAAAAGCAAAAUUAUGAAGGAAUCUGAAGUAAGCCGGAUGUGGAACACAGUUGAAAUUUUACUUCUACAUCCAUUGGACUUCGCAAAAGGAAAUUAAAGGCCCACUUUCAUUAUUUUCUGUCAAUGACAGAACACAAAGCUGUAAGAAGAAACUAAUGGCCUCCUGCCCAGUAGAAACAUUGCUGCUGUUGUGAAUGUGGCAAAUGAUUUUCAAACAGGAUCCAUCUUCACCGCUGCACAUGAAUUCCCCGUAAAAGCACUUUACUGGACAUAUUUGGAUUGUUGCUUGCUUGCAUACGGUUUAGCUGAUUAUCAUAUUAAUAUGCCUUGAAUGUGUUAUUGUGGUAGCAGUUCAUUAUGUAAAAAUAUAGGCAGCUAAAUAGAACAGAAGUCAGUGCUCAGCCAUUGCUGCUCAACAGUGUGUGAAAAAGGAACACGGGCCGUCACGGACAUCUCACGCAGCGUUCUGGGUUUCCAAUCUGUCAUCCAUGUUGACCUUUGAACGAGCACAUCUCAGAGAUGUUUCCAGUUGUGGUUCAUGCCGCCAUUACAAUGCUCAGCCAGAUGAGAACCUUUGGUUUACAUGAUCUAUGUAUCGUUUUCCAUUACUUUCUGUAUUUAUUCAGAUUCUAAACUAAAAUAUUUGCAUUGUGUAUUUCA